UGAGGAUGGAUGGAAAGCUGUCUGAAGAACAGGUGAAGUGUUUACAGGCCCCGUGGAGGUUUUCCCUCCGGACCGCUGGGUUUGAAGACAGGCUACUGACGGCUCUUGAGCUCUUCGAGCGAUUUCCUUUAGACAUAACAGUGACUGGAGGAACCCCUGAUGCCAAUGCCCAGCUCGCCUCUGCCGUCUGUGGGCUCGACAUGACACAAGAGACAGAAGAAGAGGAUUUGAAAGAUGAUGAUGAUGAUGAUGAGGACGAGGAGGGGGAGGAUGAAGAAGAUGAGGAAGACUGGGAGGAAGAUGAAGAAGCAGAUGAAGAAGAUGACAUACAAUCUCCGAAAGAUGCUAAACGUCAGAGCAGCAGGAGAAAACGUGUACGGAUAGCAGAACAAUCCGAAUAUAUCGGGUGGGGCAUUCCUGAUUUUGACUCGAUGCUUUCGCACAGUCGAAUCUCCAAUGUUCGCGUCAGGACUGUACAGGACCAUCCGAUUUCUAAUUCAGUUAUUAAGACGAACAGCAAGUUGUAUGACUCCACAAAUUUUGAUGUUCUGGUGGUCCUCACGACAGAAGAACGCAAGGAGGACCACAUGUGGCUCAAGAUGGAGCUGCACGACAGAGAUAAGCCUUUCUUUCUGGUGAACGCUGAGAAGGUGUGGGACGUGGUCGAGGAAAAACCCUCAGGGCCAUGCAUGACCUGCGCUUGGGAGAGAAUGAGGGCUCGUAAUCUGGAGUUGCAGAGGAGGAGGAAAGAAGCGUUCGGAGAGUCGGCUGAAGCAACAGAUAGCCAGAGUCCUUCAAAUACAACAGACGCAUCCGAGUUUGUGGAGAUGAAGGAUAUCAGUGAGGUGUUUACUAAAGCCCUGCCUGACCUGAAGAAAAGGGCAUUUAGUCAGUUCUUGGUGGCGAUCACAAGGGAGCUUCGGAUUCCUAAAUUCAUUGCUGAUGAGACCCAGGUGGUGGUGUCCAGUGCUUUAAAAUAUAGGAAGAUAAACCGAGACGACCUCAACUUCAUCUCCAAGCUGUCACAGCCUAGAGAUGUCACAGACCAUCCCUCCAAGCUUCUGGCAAUCCUUACAUCUCUCGAUGACUUCCGUCUGGAUAUCGGUGUGUUGGGUGAGACAGGCUGUGGUAGCUCCAGCCUGGUCAAUGCUCUCUCGGGCAUGAAGAACAACGAGGAACAAUCUGCCCCAACUGGUGUCGUUGAAACUACCAAAGAGCCUACAGAAUAUCCCUACCCUGAGUUCCCCAAUAUCUGUCUUUGGGACCUUCCUGGCCUUGGAAAAAUAGGUGGUCUUGAUAGCCAACCUUCUGCAUCCGGCUUAAACCCAGCUCAGCUUGUAGCUUCCAUGUUUGCUUUCUGUGAUGUGUACAUACUGGUGUCUCCUUUAAGACUUAGAUUGGGAAUUAUAGAGUUAAUGCAGCAGUUGUCAUCACUGGGGAAAGAGUAUUACCUGGUGAUCUCUAUGGCUGAUUUGAUUGAGGAAACGUUUGUUGGGCAGGUCAGGGAAUGGGCUGAGGGAGUCUUGGGGGUAAUGGGUCUACGACAGAACUUGUUUUUGGUUUCUGCCCAUCAUCCGGAAACCUUGGACUUCCCGAAGCUUAAAGAGAUGCUAAACAAAGCCAUACCAAGCCACAAGAAAGUCGCUUUUGCCAGAUAUGCAGCAAAGCUACUGGAUCAAGAUGUGUUUUGGAAAAGAUCAGAUUCUUGCAAAUUUAUGUAAAUUGAAAUAAUAAUGUCGCACCAACAAAAAGUACAUUGGUAUUGGG